AAGGAUAAACAAGAAGAUGCCCCUGCAGACAAACAAACUAAGGAAAAAAAUGAAGAAGCUGGCCCCUCUACAUCACAGAGUGUCAGAGGAGUCAAAGUGGAGUCCAAGAGACCAAGAGAAGGAGGCAAAAGGCGGAACCUCCAAGGCUCAAAAAGGGGUCAUCGAUGUUCUACAUAUGGCUGUAAUCGAUCGUUUCUCACCAUGCAAGAUCUUAUUAACCAUGUGGCUGUCCACUAUAAACCCACUGAGUCUAUGCAAGAUAAAAAGUUCAUAUGCUCAAUGAAUGACUGUGGUGAGACACUGGACAGUAUGCAAGACCUUAUGACCCAUCUUAAGGUCCAUUACAAGCCAAAUCGCUAUUUUAAGUGUGAGAACUGUAUGCAGCCAUUUCGUACACACCGUUCACUGUUUAAGCACCUUCAUGUGUGUUCUGACAACCUUUCACGCUCUGACAGCAUCACAACCAUGCCUCCACCCACUGAUAUUAAGCCAGCACCAGCAGUGGCUUCAGGGAGCCGUAAGACAAGUGUUAUCCAAUGCGUCAAGAAAGACACUCCUCUCCCAAAGACUGAGGAUCCAACAGCAUCCAUUGCAACAGCUUCAGUUUCCUCUGUCCCUGGUGGUCAACUGCCUUCAGUGAGCAAACUGACUUCUGAGACUUCUAACUCUUUUCCUGCCCAUAGCCCUUCUUUGUUUACAAGUCGUCUCCCAGGUCCACAGCGGUCAUCCGUUACCGGAUCCUAUCUAAACUACCUCCACCAAUCGGCAUACUCCUUACCUCAGGGUGCAGUCCCACAGAAACUUAGGCCAUUCCUUGGGAAUCAAGGCCUUCCUGUCUCCAACGCCAUGUGGAAAAAGAACCAAGGACACACAAGCAACAGCCGUAUUGUUUGGGAACACACCAGAGGUAGCUACAAGUGUAUGCAAUGCAAUUUUACUACAUCCACGAGGGACCAGAUGAAUAAACACAUUGAGGAAGUACAUAAAAAUCCUGUAUCAGCCAGACCUCGGGAAGAUAUAGAUUUUGACAUGGAUCUUCUCCCUUUCCACUCCAAGCUGCCGGCAGAAAUGGAACCCAGCCUUUUACCACAGGUCUGA